GUCUGUGACCGUGUACAUCUAUCUCCCUAGUGCUACGCCGACCAGGAAAAGAUUGACUAGUAUUUAAUACUAGUAAUAGCAAUAAAUCAAGAAAACUGGCUCCAUGGUUGAUUGCUGUGCUGCCAUGAGAUUCCUCAAAUUUCUCCUUACCUCUACGGUUCUAAUAAUCACCCUCCUCUCAACCUCCACUGAGGCGGCCACUUUUGAGAUCCAAAACAAUUGUCCCUACACAGUCUGGGCUGCAGCGAAACCUGGCGGUGGUCGAAGGCUAGACCGAGGCCAAACAUGGACCAUCAACGUGGCAGCCGGCACAGCCGGAGGUCGCGUUUGGGGUAGGACAAACUGCAACUUUGAUGGCAGUGGCCACGGCAGCUGUCAGACCGGUGACUGUGGUGGACUUCUUCAAUGCACUGCCUACGGUGCACCACCAAAUACUCUAGCAGAAUACGCACUGAACCAGUUCAAUAACCUGGACUUCUUCGACAUUUCCCUUGUUGAUGGCUUCAAUGUGCCGAUGGAGUUUAGUCGUCCAUCCACUGGAUGCACCGGCGGCAUCAGGUGCGCCGCCGACAUAAAUGGGCAGUGCCCAAGUGUGCUUAAAGCUCCAGGAGGCUGCAACGAUCCAUGCACCGUUUUUAAGACUGAUCAGUACUGUUGCAACUCAGGCAGCAAUUGUGGCCCGACCAACUAUUCCAGAUUUUUUAAGGAAAGGUGCCCAGAUGCAUACAGCUACCCAAAAGAUGACCAGACUAGUACAUUUACCUGCCCGGCAGGCGGCAGCUAUAGGGUAGUCUUCUGCCCUUAGUAGAGCCCAAUUAUUCAUUUAGAGGCACUUCUUGCCUUGUCAAGUUCCAACACACUACUAUGAUCCAGAGCGUUUUAGGAGUAACACAGGCCUCAAUUUUUGUUAAGGAACAAAUCAUGGUCAUUAAUCAUCUUUUCAUUUUUUUUCUCUUUGAUACUCGUGGUCAUUAAUCUUUAGUGAAAUGCUAGCCAUAUAUAUAUAUAUGUAUGUAUUCUCGCCGGCAUUAAUUAGUUGGUAGAGGACUUGUUGCUUGACCCCAGGUCAAGUCCACA